AUGUCUUCUUUGGAGAGGAAGCGUGAGAAACACAGACCUUUCACCCUGAACCCUGACCCUCGGAGGAAGACCAGCGCAGAGAUCGUCACCGAGGCUAGGCACUCUCUGAGGACCCUGCGCACCCAGCGACCUUUUACCCCUCGAGACGACCACAGACAGCUGUUUGGAGAGAUCUCUCGAGCCCAAGACGGUCGACCUCCCUCUACAUUCAGCCUCUACGCUCGGAACUUUGAAGCGCCAGACUCCAGACCGGGUUCUGGAACUCGCCUGUCUCCUCUGGAACAUAAGCCCAGGUUGCCAGUGGCCCAGGAUGAGGACCCAGAUCCCGUCAGCCCCACGGCCCACCCCAAACCCCCCUCUGACCCCCUGGAGCUUAAGAGGGGGGCGAGGGCACGCCUUUUUAGAGCUGGCUCUCUGACAACACUCCCACCUGUGUCACGGCCAACAGAGGAGUUGGGAACAGAGUUAGGCAACGGAGACAGACCAGCCAGCCAGGAGGCUGAGGACGAAUCAGUGGUGUGGAAUGUUAAGAUUUUCCCUCUGUUGCAAGAGCUGGAGUCCAUCGCUGCAGGUGGAUCCGAGGAUGCCGUGGAGCGGCUGUGUGACGCGUGUGACUGUCUCCAUGGCGCCCUGGCAGAGCAAGGCAUGCUGGGCCGGCGUUGCAGGAAGAGAGCGGGGCUUCUUAGGGCGCUGUUCUGCCUCAUCGACCUCAACUCCGCCCAACUCAACCUGCAGCUCGCCAAACUCACCCUUGAGCUGAACGUCAGUGGAAAAAACCUGCUGAACAUCUGUAAACUCAUCUUCAAGAUCAGCCGCAGUGAGAGCAACGAUAUCCUCUUCCAGAACAACUCCAUCAUAGAUUCCCUGCUGUGUGUGCUGCGCUGUGAGGAUGUGUGUGUGUCUGCGGAGGCUGUGUUGUACUGUGUGGGCACUCUGAAGUUCCUCUCAGGGAACUCUGCCCUCCUCAGGCUCCUAUUGGCCAAGGACUGUGUGGGUGUGGCCACCCUGCUCAUACAGAAGCUCCACCCACUGUCCCAACCUGACCACACUCAGUUCACCACCGGAGGACACAUCCAUGUACAGUUGACAGCGACCCUGAGGAACCUGGCUGACCUCCCCGAGUCCCGCCCCCUUUUCGUCUCCCACGGCACCCUGACAGAACUGUGCCUAGUGCUGCGCCAUUACCACGGAGACCAGGACAUCUGCACCAACAUUGCCAGGGUGUUCAGUAAACUGUCCUCCUACUCUGAGUGCUGCCUGGUUCUGGCCCAGACCCCGGGCUGCUACACACUAUUUAUAGAACUGUUGAGCAAACACCAGUGGAAACAGGACCUGGUGGUGCGUCUGCUCUUCACUCUGGGUAACCUAACGUCUCGGAGCAGUGAGGCCAGAAAGCACCUCUUCACGGCUGAGGGAUGUAUGUCCGUGCUCCUGGGGCUCUACCACACCUACCACGGGAGGUGGGACCCACCUCCCGCACACACACCCCGCACACCUCCAGCCAGGGACACCUGUAACCCCCGCACCCCUUUCUUGGGGUGGCGGGAGAGCAAGGACGUGCUGGUGAAGCUGGUCAGGGUGCUGGCUAAUAUGUCCAUCCACCCUGCAGUGGGACCGACCCUGGCAGCUAACGCAGACCUAAUACACUACCUGUUGGACACACUGGAGCUCAGGUCCAUGCAGGAAAGCGAGGAGCUUCUGGUGAACGUGGCUGCCACCAUCAACAACCUGUCCUUUUACCAGGAAGACAGCUCAGUGGUCAGGGACAGAGGACUCACUGUCGCCAAGUUGUUGUUGAAGCUGCUCCUCAGCUCCAGUAUGGAUGGGAUGCUGGAGGCCACGCGUGUGUUUGGCAACCUGUCCCAGUCCAGGGAGGUUUGUGACUUCAUCAUACAAAACAAAGUGCACCAGUUUGUGGUGACUCUGUUGGACUCUAAGAGCCCAGAGGUGUGUUUCUCCGCCUGUGGGGUCCUCACUAACCUGGCCUUGAACCCCCCCAGCAGAACCACCCUCACACAGGAGGGAGCACACACCAAGCUGGCAGACUGUCUGAGGGACUUUGGGCCAGUGGACUGGCAGCUGGCUGGCCUGGUGUGUCAGACCCUGUGGAACCUCACUGAGGAGGGGGGGACGGAGACAGGCCCCCCAUCCACAAUGAACAACCAGGAGAGAGAGGCACUGCUAGAGGUCCUAACACUAUACCUAAACGAGGAGGACGCUCUGCAGUGGACCUCUGGUGACGACAUGAGGGACUUCCACCGAUUAUGCUGGGAGUUGGAGUUCCUGCCUGUGGCUAAGAGGCUGAUGGACAGGAUCCAGACUAAGACUGACUAACAUGACUAUCUCCUUACUCUGGUUGUCACGAAUGGCGCCCUGUUACCUAUAUAGUGCACUGCUUUUGACCAGGGGCCAUAGACUCUGGUCUAAAGUAGUGCACUAUGUAGGGAAUAAGGUGCCAUUUGAGAUGCACAAUGUCUCACUCCCUAGUGUGACCUCUUUGCAAUGUCCUCUCCUUUCUCCUUGUUGUGCCUUGCUAUACUGACACUAGCUAUACUCUCUAAAGUCACUCUCUACUCUAUGCUACUACCACUCUUCAGCUACCACCCCUCUCACUAAUUCUAUGAAUAAGUAUUUAGUUAUAGGCUAUAGGUCUAGAUUUUUUUCCUGGUUAAGUCACAUGAUCAUGAAAAACUCAAGGCCCAUACCUAUGACCUACUGAAUGUUGAGCCUCUACCUGACAUGUAUGACAAACUGUUUACACUUUAAAUAACAUAAAUGAUCGUUUUUAGGUUGUAUCUUAUGCAUACUGUAAAUGGUUGUGAUUGUCAUAAGCUACUCUUGUUAACAUACGAGUAGAAUUGUAAUUUGCCUCUGGUGAUAAAAAGUGAAUGUUUCUCCGUAUGGCUGGUUAAGACAUUGUUCGACCUAGAUUUAAUCAGAUCAAGCGUUAACCGGCGAUAUCCGACACCCACGUAGCUGAUGUUUUUGCGGUGUCGGAGGUGUAACUGCGUUGGAGUUGUCAAACCUGUGAGCAGCUGCUCCUGAUCAAUGUUGCGAAGCCACACCCGUCCCACUUGCGUUAGAAGUUCAGAACAAGAAAGUAUAUGCUAUAUAGAACUAAUGAGGCAUAAAUUGAUUAAAUUAAAAUAAGGAUUUCUAUCAGCCCAAUCGAGAUGUAGAUUACAUCUCACAUUCCAGUUUUUGAACUUUAUAUUAACAAGGCUGCAUGGGAUUUCUCUUAAAUCGACUCCGUGUAGCUAAUGGCAACGUCCACUUCAGGUAUAAUUCCAGGAGACGCUUGUGGAUUUGACAGCUCUAACGCAGUUUCACCGCCGACACCGCCAAAACAACCGCUAUGCUCUCGUGUCUCCCAUUUCACCUCACUCAAGCACUGAACAUUCUCAUCCUUCAGGCUCUUGACCGUCGAUCAAGUCAUGUGGUUUUUAAAUAGAUUUGUUUUUAAAUGUUGCGUUACCGCGCUUUGAAAUGAACAGCUCUAUAUAAAUUGAAUAAAUUAUUAAUAUUGUCAGCUAAAGUGGAUCUAAUCAAAUAGAGCCCUAAAUCUGAACCGCUGUACACAAACAAAACAAAAGUAUUGUAAACAUUCUCCUCAAAGCCUUUAUUGUUACACAAAUAUGGACCAGGCAGUGCUGCAGCAAAGUGACAGCGUUUUCAAAUCACAUUAAGAAAUAAAAUUUAAAAAAACGGCACUUCUGUAAAAAACCUUCAGUUCCCCACUUCGUUGUCCUACUAUACAAAAUGAAAGCGUUCAGUGACAACACACAAGACAACCCAAUAGCGUUUCAUCAGGCAUAUUCAAUGACAAACAUUGUUCUCCACAUGAUAGAUGCCUGUCUGUCUGGGUUGAUAUGAAACAGGUAGCUGGCUGAUCAUUGUGUUAAGAGCAUCAUUUGUUUAGUCUCAUCCUUUUUCAGAUUGUCAUAGGGAAAUGAGUCAGUCAAAAAUAGAGGCAGUUCAGUAGACACACUGCUGGUGAUUGAAUGGACCAAGUCACCCUCUGUCCUUAAUGGAAAAAAAUAGCCAGUCAUGCCAGGGAGUUUUUCCAGUGAGGACAGAAGUGAGCAGGACAAUGUCCCCUCUUAUCUCAAUGCACAUUACAGACAAGUUAAAAUGUUUUAGCACAACAGUUGUGGGAGGAACAUCCAACUGUGACUCGACCACACAUGGACAAGGAAAGACCAUUUGUGGUUCUGUUUGGGUCGUAACAACACAAGCAAACCACUGAGUUCAGUGUAGUGUGAAUGGGAGGACCGACUCAACACAGGAAACUGAAACACUGCUGGGAUUUGGACUCGUAUACACCCAAGUCUUAACGCUGUUGUACGAAACAUUUCAUUGUGUGGGAGCCAUUAUUGCAUUAACAUGUGCAAAAUGUAUCUAAUAGCCAAAUGUUUUCCUAUAUCAUUGGGAGAGUAGAUGUCCAUUGUUCAGCUUGCAGAUAAUACAUGUGCUGUGACUACAAUUUGGUGGGUUUGUUGCAUGAAUGAUUCAAAAUGUACCUAUGUUAUGUAAUGAGUGAACAUUGAUGCAGCAAAAACAGUUUUAGGGAGAAAACUAGAAAAUGAUACAAUAAGUUUAUAUUUAAUUUCUUUAAUAAAGUGUCUGACAGAAGUAUGAAACCUCGACUUCCUACCACAACCACCUCCAAAUAAUACCAUGCCAUAAUCAUCUUAUCAAACAAUCAACUGUCUCAACCCA